CCCAAUUUUUUUUGGCGGAAGAAUUGCAUUAAAAAUUUUCACUCCUCCAAGUUUUCGAUGAAAACAAAUCGCAUGUUUAAUUAAAUCAACUUAAUUUAUUUUAUUUCAAAGUAUUUUACAAUAAUUAUAUUAAAUUUCAAAGUUAUCUUUGUGUGAAAAAUCGUUUUCGAUAAAUUUGUUUUCAUCGUUUAUUGGGCGAAAUGUCCUUAUCAAAAGCUAAAAUGGAAAUAAAAACAAAGUUCCAGGAUCUUUGUCGUGAACUUAACAUGGAUAAAGAAACUGAAGAAAGUGCAUGGACAAAUUAUCAUGAGAUGUCUCAAAAAAUGUCCCUGGAUGGAGAUCCAUGCCAGUGGCUUUGCUGUGCUUUGUAUGCUGCUUGUCGAGAGUCUUACAGACCAACCGUUGGUGGAACCAAUGAAGUUGUUAAAGGAAACUGUGUUUCAUUAACAAAACUUCUUCGAAGUUGCAAUGUCAGCCUUUAUGACUUUUUUACUAAAAUGAAAAGCUGGUGUGAAAUGGCAACUCUUUCGAAAAAUUUCAUCAAUCAAAUUGAACGACUUGAACAAGGUUUUAUAAUAACGUUAAAUUUAUUUGAGUGGUACAAUAAGAUUUUUGAUCAAAUCUUUAUUGUCCCACCAAAUGAAAAGAAGAACAAAAAAGCUAGGCCAGUUAAAUGUUCGGCAACUAAAUUGUACGAUCUGUGUUGGUGUUUAUUUCUAUGUGCCAAAAAUGAAGAUAUGAAUUGUACAGUUGAUCUGGUAUCAUCAUUUCAUUUGUUAUUGUGUUGCAUAGAUUUAAUCUAUAUCAAUGCAUUGGCCGAGAAUCGCAUAGAAUUAAUAAAUCCAAAUUUUGAAGGAGUACCAAAGAAUUGGAAUACACCUGAAUUUAAUCCAUCGACAAUAAGCAAACAUUGUAUUAUAGAACCACUUUGUAAAAUAACUAAAGGUCUUAACAUAGAAGCACGUUCAAUGAAACUAAAUUCUUGGAAGAAAAUCAUGACCGAAUUUAUUGGAACAAAAACUUUACUUGGAAACAAAGAUACAUUUAUGGAAAUUAUAUCGAACAAUAACUUUGAACCGAAUCUUAAAUCAUUAAACAGUGCCUAUGAACAGUAUGUUUUAAGUGUAGGAGAGUUUGAUGAGAGAAUUUUACUUCAUAACACAAAUUACAGAAAACUGAGUAAUAGCGAAUCGAGCAGUAGCCACAACGCAUACAUGAACCAGAGUAUACGUUCGAUUGCGCCAGAAACGCCAUUGACAAGGAGACAUCAUUUGCCAAAAAAAGACAAUGUAUCCGAACCAGUGGCAAGUGCAACUCAGAAUGUAAGAAAACUACAAGAUAUUGCUGAUCUUAAAGGUCCAUCAGAUUACAUAAAACAAGCUGGUGAAAGCACAAUGCAAAUAAUCAAAUCUAAAUUAGACGCAAUGGAAGUUAUAUUCAAAGAAAAAUUUCCCAUUAAAUCAGAGGCUGAAAAACGUUUUUCACUCGCUAGAUCUCUUUAUUUUUAUUUAUCAGAAAAAAUAGUGCGAGCUGAAGUUGCAUCAAAACCAAAUAUUGAUCUCAAGAUAUUGCUGGAAACUGAAAGUUUAAAUUCAGCUCUUAUAACUUGCUGUGUUGAAAUUGUGCUUGAUGCAUAUAAUUCACAAUUGAAAUUUCCAUGGGUUUUAAAUUGCUUUGAUUUAAAGCCAUUUAAUUUUAUUAAAAUUAUUGAAAUAGUCGUGAAGAGACAAGAUAUAUUAACACGAGCUUUAAUCAAACAUCUAAAUUUAAUCGAAGAAACUUGUCUGGAAUCAUUAGCAUGGGGAAGUAGUUCGCCACUUUGGAUUGUCUUGCAGCAAAGAAAAGUACCUCUACCUUCAUGGGCAGAUGUUGAUGUAAAUAAAAUGGCUCAUUGCAAUCAAGAACGUAACUUACUGCAAUCUCCAAUGAACUCAGCUUAUGACUGUUUUAAUUCAUCGACGGCAUCGACAUCGGAAUCAGCCAGAAGAGAUUUGUUUAAUGCGGGGAAAGGGUUAAUAUUUUCUCCAGCUUCAGAACCAAAACCUGUUGAUCCUUCCAAGCCAACCUCUGCGGAAGCUAGAAGAGAUGUUUCCUUAUCGAUAUUUUUAAGAAAGUUUUACACACUGGCAUGGAUGCGAAUGAAAGAAUUAUGCAAAGAACUAGAAAUGGGUGAUGAAAGGCAUAUGAUUAAAGUGUGGACUUUAUUUGAGUAUUCAAUUACUCAUAGAACUGAACUGAUGCAAGAUCGUCAUCUUGAUCAGUUAUUAAUGUGUGCAAUAUAUAUAUACAUAAAGGUUCAAGAAAUACAGAAAAAAACAUUUACGGAUAUUAUGAGACUGUACAGAAAACAACCACAAGCCGCCAGCAAUAUUUAUCGCGAGGUGUUAAUUGAACCUACCAAAAAAGAUGGCGAUGACAAAAUUCCUCAAUAUGGUGAUAUUAUUUUAUUUUAUAACACAAUUUAUGUACAAAAAAUGACGCCAUACGCCCUCAAUUUCAGUGAUAAGAAAAAAUCACAAAAUGAUCUCCUUCUCUCGCCACAUCCCACUGAAAAAAUUAAUCUUCCAAAGAGGCUUUCAAAUCAUCUCUACGUACACCAGCUGGAAAAGAAUGAAGUCCAAUAUUCUCCUAACCAUAUUACGUAUGAAUUCCACAAAAGUCCAGCAAAAGAUUUAGACAAAUUAAACGAAAUCGUCCGAAGAGGCAAACGAAAUCUUACAUUCAACGACGAAGAACCAGUUGUUAUAAAAAAACUGAAGUCAAAUCUUCAUUUCCAAGGAAAAAUCCUUUGUAUAAAAAACGACCGACAAGCAGAACGACAAGAGUGAAUUUGUUGAAUACUUUUUUUUAAUUAAAAAUAAUAAUGUAAAAUUAUUUAUAAAUUAGUAUUAUAUUAAUAUUUUAUUUAAUUAUUAUUAUUGUUGUUUGAUGCAGCCAUAACAAUAAAUUGUACUAUUUAAUGAA